AUGACCAAAGAUCUGGAAUUCGAAGCAGCUGUUGAGAAAGGUCAAGCUAUGCUCCGUAUGCUAGAUUCGGACGGUCAGAUCGAGGAACAAUGUGUGGUCACCUCCGGGGGUCAGGACCAGAGCAUUUUCGACAAGCCUGAAGAUCUCCCAAGGCAUGGAUACGUUCGAAGGAUGCCUUCGCGCAAGUUUCCAAUUCGAAAACUACGAGAAAUACUCCGAGAUCUUGGUGCAAACGACCAGAUGGAAGAAGAUGGCGGUGAAUUUGUAGCGAUAGAGCAUAUCCACGAGGAAGACUGCGUAUUUGAUGGAGAGGAGGCUACAGGAGCGUACCUUAGUCAAGUCUGCAAUCAUUUGGAUGGUGUUCUGAUCGCUCACGCCAACCAGUGCGCUCCUUACGCAGGCAUUCUUCUUGAUCCACCCAUCAUGAACUAUCCUCCUCUACACCACUGGUCUGAUAUCGCAUAUUUGCAGUGGCUCGUUUCCGACCCAAAUCCAUCCACUUCACCAGCUAAUAUCAAAUACAUCGUCCGAUGCGGCAUCCAGAACACUGCCACAUGCUCUAUUCUCUCAAAGAUCAUUCAUAGACAGGAUCGAGAUACGUUCGACCUCUGGCCGGGAAUGACAUUCGACAUAAAUAGCGAGGAAGGCCAGGCGAUCUUGGGAACUCCAAACGGAAGCGGCGCGGCCUAUUUGCUGGCUCAGCAUAGGGAACAACUCCGGCACAAAACCAUUGAGAAGGUUACAUUGUUCCAUGCAGAAGACCAGACGGAUACCUUUCGCUGGCCGAGCCUCUUGUUUUGGCUCAGUUAG